GAUCUUGGAAUGCUAGAGUGGGAAAACCUGUAACGACCCUGGACAAAGUUCUCAAAGCGCCCUGUGUUGUUCCAAACCUUUGCCUUUGGGACUCCAAAACGAAGAAAGAGAGAGAAUGGCCUCGAAACCCGGUUUAGCUCCGACCACGUACUCUCCUGCUCCGACCCGUAAAUCCCGGCCACCCAUUUUCAAAGACUCCGAUGUCGAUUGGGUCCGUCCCGAUGGCCGCGGCUUCCACCAGUGUCGACCCGCCUUUUUCAGGACUGGUGCUGUCAAUGCUGCUGCAGGAUCAGCUUAUGCCGAGUUUGGAAAUACAAAGGUCAUUGUAUCUGUAUUUGGGCCCAGAGAAAGUAAGAAAGCAAUGAUGUAUAGUGAUGUAGGCCGGCUGAAUUGCAAUGUGAGCUAUACAACUUUUGCCACCCCAGUCCGUGGACAGGGAUCAGACCAUAAAGAAUUUUCCUCAAUGCUUCAUAAAGCUUUGGAAGGUGCAAUAAUGUUGGAAACUUUUCCCAAGACAACUGUAGAUGUUUUUGCAUUGGUGUUGGAAUCUGGUGGCAGUGAUAUUCCCAUUGUAAUAUCUUGUGCAAGCCUUGCCUUGGCUGAUGCAGGGAUUAUGAUGUAUGACCUCGUUGCUGGAGUUUCAGUGUCUUGUCUUGGUACAAACCUUGUCAUUGAUCCAAUUUUGGAAGAGGAAAGCUGUCAGGAUGGAAACCUAAUGAUUACCUGUAUGCCUUCUCGUUAUGAGGUCACUCAGCUGACUGUUACAGGAGAAUGGUCUGCUGCAAAGAUGAAUGAGGCAAUGCAGCUUUGCCUUGAUGCUUGCUCAAAGCUUGUGACAAUAAUGAGGUCAUGUUUGAAAGAGGCUGCUUCUGCCACACAAGAUUAGAAAGAAGCUAUGAAUAGUAAUUUUGCCGAUUAAUACAAGUCACAUUUUUGAGCCAUUUGCCAUUCCUGGUUUCUUCCCUCCCCCUUUGUCAUCCUUUAAGGAUGAGUAAGUAAUUACAAAGUUUUGUGAGAUUGAUUGGUAUUUGCUCAAGUUUUUCCCAUUUGCUAAAAUUUCCCUGCAUUCCUCCGUGCUACCUGUGUAUUUUUCCAGCCCAUUUGCGUUUUUUUUUUUUUUAAUAGUAAGUUAUUUGUUCUGCAUUCCUGGAUGAAUUUGAGUUCAAAUUCUCCAUUUUGCAUACUUUUGUUGAUCUAGGCAUUUAUGCAGUUACAUCUUAUUCGUAUGUAUUUUUUUUUUUUUUUUCACUAUGAAAUGCAGACUCUGUAAAAGGUUGAGGUUCUUGUUGUUU